AUGGAGCAUGCAGAGGCCAUUGCCGACGACGAAAAGACCACCACCACAACGGUGGUGGCGGCGGGCUCGUCGCUGUCAGCGGCGCAAAGGCGAGCAGAGAUCCGCAGGAGGAAGCUGCUCAUGAAUUCCGAGGACAGGAUGAACAGAAUUGUAGGCUUCGCCAAGAACGAGGCUGACAACAACGGUGGCUUCACCCGGCGGCCAACAGAACCUCGCUUUCACCUUGACCUCGAUCGGCCAGAGUCUUGGUCAUCCUCCCAACCCUCCCCGAGACCCUCCCCCCGAUCCCGCGGCGCUACACCAGAGCGGAGGGACUCUCCACUCCCGGAGGAGGCAGCGCCGGUGGACGGCCACCUUCGAGGCGUCCGCCAGAGGCCCAAACCGGAUAUGUCGGUGGGGGACAAUGCCAGCGGCCUGCACCAGUACCUCUCCCGCUUCGACGAUGCCAUCAAGUUGAGGGGUCAGCUAGCCAAUGAGAAGCCGGUGCAGAACGGGGAGGCGGAUGGCGAGGAGUUUGACCCUUUCACCGUUUUCAGGCUAGUCUGCAGCGUCCUCCUUGCAGUUUUUGUCCGAGUGUUUGUCUGCAAGUAUCUGUCGAUAUUUGCGCCAUUUUUGACGCUGGAACUGGCUUUUAUGGGCUUAUCCAAAUACUUUCCCAAGGUGGAGAAAAAAGCGCAGACAACAGUGCUGACUGCCGCCCUGCUGCUAUCAGGCAUCCCUAGCGAAGUCAUCAACCGUUCCAUGGACACUUACCGGCGCAUGGGCGACGUCUUUGCCGACCUCUGUGCAUAUUUCUUCACAUUUGUCAUCUCGCACCAGUUCCUGCUGCUCAUUGGAUCAGAGGCGGGCGAGCCCACCGGGGAAGCUUCUCCGGCGGUGACGGGUUAA